AGUAAAAAAAUUAAUAUAAAAAAAAGAAAGACAAAAGGAUAAAAAGAAAUAAUAUUAAAAAUAGUCAUAAUAAUGAAUUUGUAGCAUAUUGAUUUAUUUUCAUCUCCUUUUUCUUUUACAGUAGGCAAUUCUAGCAGCAGACAAACCAAAAAAGGGACUAUAAAAGGAGCUAUAUUAUCAACUAUUGUUUUUAUCUUCGCAAUAGGUUAUUUCUCUUACUUAUAUUACCAGUUUGUAAAUAAUUAGAUUGACCCAAAUUACAAAUCUCAAAGUGUCAUAACAGAAGAGAGGAUUGAUAUAGAUUUAAGUUCUGAUUUGCUAGGAUUUAGAUUCGAAUAUGAUACUAAUUAAGAUAUAUAAAAUUUAUAGGCAUCAUAGAAUUAAACAUAUUUAGUUUUUUAUGCCUACUUUUACUAUAUAAAUGGCACCUUUGAAACUUAAACUUAACUUAAAAUCAUAUAAUGUACUAAUCCUUAAUUAGCUGGAUUUUAUUGUUUAGAUUUUUCUCCAGUUUAAAACUACACUUUAACUUUAAGUACAAAAGAAAAUUACUAAUCUUAAGUAUUCAUUUAUACUUAUGGUUGUCUUGACUUAGAUUUUAAUAAAAACUCUAUCCCAAAUAACUGUGCUAAUCAAACAGAAAUCAAUAAUAUUGUUAAUGGUGAAAAUGCUGGUUUCAGAUUUAAACUAUUUACUUCUUAGUUUAAUACAUAAACAAAGUAGAUUUAAGUUAAUUAUAGAAAUGAUUUUGUUUAUGCUUUAGGAAAUUGCAUCUCUUAUACAACUUUUAAAACAUAAAAGCAAAUCACUUCUGUAAAGUAAGGAUUUUUUAUUUAAGACUAAUCUAACUACUCAUCACCUAUUGCUUAUGAGAAAGAAAACCAACUUUGGGAUAGGGAAUACUCAAUAAGCAAUAUUAAUUAGAGUGGUUAUGGUAUGCUUGAAUUAAUUAUGAAUGAGAUUGUAGAAUAAGUUGAAAUUCAAUACCCUACGAUUCCUUCAAUAUUAGCUUUAGUAAAUAGCACAAUAUCUCUUUUAAUGAUACUAGGAUAUAUUGGAAGAAGAUUUUCAUAAAAUAAAAUAAAAAAUGAUUUAUUUUUAAUGUUGCUAUAAAAUGUCUUCUAAUAAAAAUAUUUAUAAAUUUUAAAGUGCAACUAAUUAUUAGAAUAAAAUAUGGACUAUUGUUAAGAAUUAGCAUAAUAAUAGCAAUAAAAAUAAUCUUAAUAAAAUUAAAUAUAAUAAUAAGAAUAAUAAAAUUAAAUAAUUUUAAGUUAAUCUAAAUUUAAAAAUGAUGAAUCAGUGGUUUUUUAAGAGUAACUUGAUGAAAGCUUAAGCUAAAAUAAAUAAAUUAUAUUUCCAUACAUUGAAUUUAGGAAUAAAUAAAUUCUUGAUUAAUAAAAUAAAUAUUAAGAAUAAAAACCUAAAAACAAGAAUCAGCAUGCUACAGAGCUAUCAUCAAGUAAAUAAAUGGAUGAAUUAAGCUAAGAAUUUAUUUUUUAAUAAAAUGCAAGUCUUGAUAAAAAAAUAACGAAAAAUCUUGAUUUUAGUUUUCUAAGCUAAAAUCAUUAAAUGAAAAAUAGUUUUUUUUAAUAGAAACUGGUUUAGGAUUAAUCUAAUUAUAAAUUAAUUAAGUCUUUGGCUGAUGAAAUAUACAAAAACAAUAUAAUUAAAAAAGAAUUUUGCAAAAAGUAAGAGGUACAAAAUACAAAUAUAAUAUUAAAUCAAAAUGGUAAACAAUAUUCAAAUAAUUUUCAAUAGUUAAAAAAAUCAUUAAAUUAUGAAUUUUCGGAAAAAUUAUAAUCUAUCCUAUUUAGAUUUAGAUUUUUUGAUAAGAAGAAGUAUUUAUCAUCUAAAGGCUUAGAUUAUUAACAAAAAAUAAUUAUAGAAAAGCAGCUAUCAAAAGAUUUAAAUAUCUUUGAAUUCUACAAAGAUAUUUUAUUUUUGAAGAAGGCUGUAAUGAUUUUAUUAAGUAGUGAGCAAUUAGCAGUCAUGAAGAUUAUAGGCUGCUCUUCAAAUUUCUUAGAGAAAUCCUAAACAUUAAUCAACAAGGAUAAUUUCCUUAAAAAUAAAGGAUCAUUAAAUUACUUCGAAGAAUAAUAUAAUAUAUUUGAGUCUGAAAAUCUGUAGUUUGAAAAAAUUGAACAAUUUAUUAAGAGAUGCUAAUAAAAUACUUCUUUAACUGAAAUAGAUAAAAGAUUAUUGUCAUCAAUUUGUAUCUGA